AUGGAUAAUUAUAAGGAUAAUGUUGUACUACUACUAUUACAGAUGUUGCUAUAUAGACAACAAGAACUAAAAAAUAAAGAUAAAGCUCUAGAUUAUGAGAAACUGUUAGAAGAGCCGAUUGUUGAUGAAGAGGUGCUUGAGAGGUUUACUUCUCAUAAAUUAGUGAAACUUUACAAUCCGUAUCUGUGCACUAUUCGACUUUGGGAACUGAAGAAAACAGUUCGGGAGAUAUUUUCGAAGGGAUUGGAGGAUAAAAGUAUUGCCAAGCUCAACCUGGUUACUCUCGCGAACCAAUACUACAAACGACGGAUGAACGAGCUUCAAUUCAAGGAGAUUCCGCGCCUGAAGGAGCUCAUUGCAAGCGGCAUGGCUGUUUACGAAGCUCACGUGACUGGGUAA